AUGGCUUUUUCCUUUUUCGUUGCUCUCGCUCAUACUCAGAAUGCUGAAAGUUUUGCAUCAGAUGUGGAAGAGGAAGAUGGUGAAGAACAUAAGAAGAAAGUGGAGGAAAAAAAGAAAAAGAAGAGGUUGAUCUUUGAUCCUACUGUCAAGAAAAUCACUUGGGAGUUAGGAUUGAUCUUUGAAAGUGUUCAUCAGUUUAGGGAAGUAGUCACCAAAUAUGCAAUUCAAAAAAGGGUGCAGAUUGAGAAGUACAUAAAUGAGCCACAUAGGGUGUGGGUUAGAUGUGUGGCACCUAGAUGUAGAUGGCUUCUUGCAGCUAGUAAAGAUGGGAGUUCCAAUAAUUUUAAGGUGAAAAGAUAUAAUCCAGUGCACAAGUGUUAUACAACCAACAAGAACAAGUUGUGUAAUUCAAGAUAUCUUGCCAAAAAAUUCAAGAGCAGAAUUAUGUCACAACCAGGUAUGAAAGUUAGGGAGUUCAGAAAAUUGAUAAAGCAAAAACUGGACCUCUAUGUAGGGAGAUCAACUGCCCACAGGGCUAGAGCAAAGAUAUUGAAAGAAAUCAUUGGUGAUGUGCAUCAAGAGUUCAAAAGGCUCUAUGACUACAGAGAUAUGAUUUUGCAGACCAAUCCUGGGAGUACCUGUGUGGUAAAAGCAGAAGAUCCAGGUGAUGGGAAGCUGGUAUUCUCCAAAAUCUAUGUCUGUUUACAUGCCAUGAAAAGGGGCUGGCUGGAAGGAUGCAGAAGAAUUAUUGGCCUUGAUGGAUGUUUCUUGAAAGGAGUUUGCAAGGGACAACUUCUUGUAGCUGUCUCCAAAGAUGGAAACAAUCAGAUGUUUCCAAUUGCAUGGGCAGUUGUGGAGGUAGAGAACACAUUCAAUUGGACAUGGUUUCUGAAAUGUUUGAGUGAAGAUUUGGGCUUACAAGAUGGAAGAGACCUUACAAUGAUGUCUGAUAUGCAGAAGGGUUUAAUUAAUGCUGUUAGAGACUUGUUACCUGAGUGUGAACACAGGAUGUGUGCUAGGCACAUCCUUACAAAUUGGUCAAAAGAGUGGAGAGGGUUGGAGAGGAGAAAUACUUUCUGGAGAUGUGCAAGGGCUUCUAGUAUUCCAGAAUUGAAUGACCAACUUGAUAUGCUAGACAAGCUUGGGGAUGGAAUAUGUCAAAGUUUACUCCACUAUAGAAAAGAAACAUGGUGUAGAGCUUAUUUUAACUGUGAUAGGAAGUGUGAUGUAAUUGACAACAAUAUGUGUGAGACUUUCAAUUCCUGGAUUUUGGCUGAAAGACACAAAACAAUCAUCACAAUGUUAGAGGAUAUUAGAAUUAAGCUGAUGACUAGGAUAGGUAAGAUGAGAGAGUUCUGUGAGACAUGGAUAUGUGAUAUCUCCCCAAUAGCAAUGAAGAUUUACCAGGAUAAUUUAGCCAAGUCUAUGAAGUGUACUCCAAGAUGGAAUGGUGAAACAGGCUAUGAGAUUGAAGAUACUAAAUAUAAGCAUGUGGUAUCCUUAGUGACUAUGACCUGUAGUUGUAGAGCCUGGCAGUUAAAGGGCAUUCCUUGUUGUCAUGCAAUUGCUAGUAUGCAUUACAAGGACAUGGAACCUAUUCACCACAUUGCACAUUGGUAUCCCUGUCCCAUGUAUGAAGCAAUGGCCAUCUUCAAGCCACCCCUUAUUGAACCUCCCCCUAUUAGAAACAUGCCUGGCAGACCAAAAAAAAAUAGGAAAAGAGAAGAAACUGAACACCCAAAAUCUGGAAAGCUUUCAAGGAGAGGUAUGGAGAUGACUUGUUCCCUUUGUGGUGUGUGUGGACACAAUAAGAGGGGAUGCCCAAGUAAAAAAUCUGCAGCUGGAAAUGCUACUGCUGGAGCUGCUUCAGCUGGUACUGCUUCUACUGGAACUACUGCAGCUGGAAUUGCUUCUGCUGGAACUGCUGCAGCUGAUACUGCUUCUGCUGGAAAUGGUAGAGGAAGAGCAAGAGCAAGAGGAACAGGUAGAGGGGUUGGAAGAGGUAGAGGCAGUGGUUAUGGGUUGUUUCAAGCAAGUAAUGGGUUUACUUCUUUUACAAGUGGAGGACAAAAUCCAAGGAUUAUUAGCACCGGAACUAACACUAAGAGAUCCACAGCUUCAACAGAGGAAUGUGCUUACCAACCAAGAAGUGCCGGCUUGAGGUGGAUGGGCAAAAAAGCCACAAGCACAAGACAACUUCAAAGAAAUGUAGCAUCAAAACACAAUCUUAGUCAAGCUAGUUCAUCAUCUCAACCAACCAAGAAGCAGAAAAAGAAAUGA